AUGGGAGACGCAAAUGAGAGCUUGCUGCUACCAGUAGACAGAGUCGAGAAAGUGACAUGGAGAGAUCUGCGAGACGGUUCACUCAUCGAAGAGCUCAAGCGGCUUAUCUGCUUCGCUGCUCCUAUGGCGGCUGUGCUUAUCGCUCAGUUCUUGUUGCAGAUCAUCUCAAUGGUGAUGGUGGGUCACCUUGGAAACCUCUCUCUCGCUAGCGCUUCCCUCGCCUCCUCCUUCUGCAACGUCACUGGCUUCAGUUUCAUCAUAGGAAUGUCAUGUGCUUUGGAUACUCUGAGCGGUCAAGCUUAUGGAGCUAAGCUAUACCGGAAAAUGGGUGUUCAGACAUACACAGCUAUGUUCUGUCUCACAUUAGUCUGUGUCCCUCUCUCUAUCAUAUGGUUCAACAUGGAAAAGAUUCUUGUACUCCUUGGCCAAGACCACUCCAUUGCACACGAAUCCGGCAGAUAUGCGGCCUGGCUCAUCCCUGGGCUGUUCUCUUACGCUUUUCUGCAGCCGCUCAUUCGCUACUUCCAAACCCAGAGCUUGAUAACACCUCUUCUCAUCACCUCUUGUUUUGUCUUCUGUCUCCACCUUCCACUCUGCUGGCUUUUGGUUUACAAGUCAGGGCUUGGUUUUCUUGGAGGAGCCUUGGCUCUCGGUUUUUCAAACUGGCUCUAUGCCAUUCUUCUUGGAUUCAUCAUGUGCUUUUCCUCCGCCUGUUCUAAGACUCGUGCACCCCUUUCCAUGGAGAUAUUCAACGGCGUUGGAGAGUUCUUCAAAUAUGCUAUUCCUUCUGCGGCUAUGGUUUGCCUAGAGUGGUGGUCAUAUGAACUCAUAAUAUUACUCUCUGGUCUCUUACCCAAUCCACAACUUGAGACUUCUGUGCUCUCUGUCUGUCUCCAAACAAUAGCGACAAUCUAUUCAAUACCACUUGCCAUUGCGGCUGCAGCAAGCACAAGAAUCUCAAAUGAAUUAGGUGCUGGAAACUCUGGAGCAGCACAUAUCGUGGUCUACGCGGCAAUGUGUCUUGCAGUAAUGGAAGCAUUGAUAGUGAGUACGACUCUAUUAGUCGGCAGGAAUGUUUUCGGCUAUGUUUUCAGCAGUGACAAGGAAACCGUAGACUAUGUUGCAAAGAUGGCUCCAUUGGUCUCUAUUUCUCUCAUACUGGACGGUUUACAAGGGGUUCUCUCAGGUAUUGCGAGGGGAUGCGGAUGGCAACAUAUAGGGGCUUACAUAAACUUAGGAGCUUUCUAUCUCUGGGGGAUGCCCAUUGCAGCAACUUUAGCCUUUUGGAUUCAUCUGAAAGGUGUUGGCCUUUGGAUGGGGAUACAAGCCGGUGCCGUUCUGCAAACUCUUCUGCUAGCUCUUUGCACCUGCUGCACAAACUGGGAAACUCAGGCCCUUGAAGCGAGGAAGCGAAUGGCUUUGGCCUAAGGGUUAUGUACGGCAGAAGAGAACUUACCGGGUCAGAACUUUGCAUCUUAAGAUUACAUAAGGACCAUAUGUUCCUCCGACUUUUUAACCAUUUUUGGUAGCAGUCAAGUUAAAAAAUAAA